AUGCCCGUGGCAUUGGUAGAGUCCGACACGUCUGAUUCUAUAUCGAGUCCGGCAACAACCGCCCCGAGCUCACCGGCCAGCUUUGACGGCGAUCACAGGACUUUCUCGCUUAGCUCCAUCAAGGAGCGAGCUUGGAAGUCCUUCAGCAGCAGGGAGCGGGAUUCUAGCUCGGAGAGUGGCAGAAGCUUUCGCAACCAUGGACGGAAGCUGUCCCGAUCGAGGCCUCUGUCUUCGCCCCUGUUUGAAACACCCACUCGCCGCCCGUCAUUCGUAUCGUCGGACCAUCGUCUUUCCCUAUCCACCGGCGAGAGCACGUACUUAAGCAGCCCUAUCUUGCCCGCAGCCAUCAACUGGGAGUCGCAAAAGAUCGAGGGAGUUGCGCCGCUCGAGUUAGACACGCACCGGCCCAAGACCAAGAACCCUUACCUUGUAGUGACGGCCGAUUAUCUCAUCAAGGUCAAGAGCAUCUGCGAUCCGCUCCCAUUGCUACGAAGACUUGCGACGGACGAAGGAAAGCAGCAAGCCAGCAUCAAAACCCCCGAGCCGUUGCUCGUGAUUCCCAUCUCGUCAAUCGUGUCGGUUUUCGUUGCGGAAAGCACUCGGCCAUCGUUCGGAUUAGAAGUCUGGUGGAGAAACCCAGGAUGCGGCCAGGCGUUCUGCCGUUCGGAUUUCUUCUUCAACCAUCCUGCCCAGCGGAAUGAGCAGGUGCACGAUAUAAUCCGAGCCGUGAGGGCGAGCCAACAGGAAGAGAACGCCACUGUUGUCCUGGGCCAGGAUGUUGAGAGGAUGCUGAGAAGGAUACAUGAGAAUGAGGAACCUUGCUUUGCCCACCGCAAGCCUGACAUCUUCCCAGUUGUACCGCGGGGGAAUACAAGAAGGGAGUGCCUGCCCAAGCUCGAGGAUGCAACCAGGAAGCCGCAGGAAAGCUCCUCGUUCUACCUCAUAGUCGGGACAUAUGCCUGCCAUCUAGUCGAGAUCCAAAAGAGUAAGGGCGGAGAUCCUGUCUGUCAACAUAAAACGUACUGGCUGGCCAGCCUCGAAAGAUUCAAGGCAGAAUGGAUCCCACACGAAGAGCGGUUCAAUAUCACAUUCCGCCUGCCCUUUCAACCACCUGUGACGCUUGAACUUGCAAGCCGCUACUGCCGAGAAAUCAUUCGCGUCUUUGGCACAGCCGACCGCUUCAUAAAGCCUGCUUGGCCACAGUUAUGGCAGUCAAUGGAGAUUUUCCGUAUCCCUGGCCUCAAGGAACCGCAAUAUCUCGUGCCCAGAGAAGACUAUGGAAGUUUCAAAAGAACACUUGAAGCUUACCAAGCCGCAUACCGCUGUGGAUCUGUUGACUGGGAAAUCAACUGGAAGACGCGGUUUGCUCCCGAGUUUCGCCUGUUGCCUCCGAAGCGUGGCUCGUACUCGCCACUGCAACUUCUAGCCGUCUUGCGUGCGUUGCGGUACAAUGACUACUUUCAGUCACUGUGUUUCAGGGACGUGGACUUGUCUGUGCUAUACGGGCUCAAGGACAACACUCCGCGAAAAACCAAUGUUGCAUACCUGAGCCGAACUUGCGUCGCCCUUGGCCCCGAGGAGAUUGAAGCGCUUAGGGUCAGCCCUGUGCUCCAUCAGGAGUUCCAUGCGCUGGCUUUCUGCUCUGAGACCAUUCGGCAAAUCGAUUUCACCAACUGCAGCGGGUCGCUUGCGAAAUGGUUGGCACAGCACGGGGAUCAAGGCCUUAGCCUGCAGUUUCUUACGCCAAUCCUCAGCCUUCUGAGGUCUGGCAUCACCAAAUGCAGCCGACUGAUACUCAGCAGCAAUCCUCUGCCUCCCAUUGACAUUGAAGACCUUGCCGAGACCAUGAAGACCGGAACACUUCACGCCUUGGAUGUCUCCUCCUGCGGGCUAGACGACGCUAGCCUACGGGAUAUGGUCGUAAACACUCUGUUAGAUGGUCCGAGCCCGCUGCAGUCUCUGUCCAUAUCCGGAAACCCUGGGCGCAUUCCUGCCCACCUCGUUCCCGGUAUGCUCCGGAAUCUGCCAGAGUUGCGGGAGUUGAGUGCUCGUGGCAGCAUCCAGGCCGAGAGCCAUUUUGAGGGCCCGCUUCUGCCCUUUUCCACUCUCGAAUCCUUGCACAUGCUCGAGAGCUUUGACAUCUCGGGCUACAAGAUCGAUAACGCAACAUUCCUAGACCUGGAGCAGUUCCUGCGGCAUAGAAGCCGGAUGAUGGAUCACGGACUUGACAAACUUGCCUUUAACCACUGUCGCAUAACCGGCGCUCAAGCUGCAACGCUAUUUGACGCAAUUGGCGAGGAUGACGGCAUCCAUCUCUGCCUGAGCGGUAAUCCAAUUGAAGAUGGCAUAGAGCACCUAGCAGCCGCAAUUCGCCAGCACAAGGGCCCUGCGGGUCUUGACAUGGAGAUGAUAGAAUUCAAGGACGAGAACAAGUAUAUAUCUCUCAUACAGGCGCUGACGGAGACAAAGCGUCUUCUCCGGCUCAGUCUCGCGGGCACGGCACCAUCACCUCCCUCGCAUGGGCGGUGUAGCCAGGAACUGGUAUCAAAGCUGCACGAUUUUUUCGCCCGGAACGUGUCCAUUCGGUAUCUGGACCUCUCAGGAUUCUGCGGCAAACUCGACGACAGCCAGCUGGGCAGAGGGUUCGGCCGCUCACUAAGCGGACUAGCCCACAACAAGACUAUAACCCACCUGCGGAUACGAAACCAAAACCUGCACGAAGACGUGGGCAUGCUCGGCCAGGCACUCGCCAAGAACAACACGCUGAGAAUGGUCGACUGUAGUGGCAAUAAUCUCAACCUGACCAGUCUCCGCUUUCUAGUCGACAGCCUCAGGACCAACACAUCCAUUAUCGAAUUCCCAUUGCCCUCGGAGGAGCGCCGCGCCAUCUGGAAAACCAUCCUUCGCGGCCUGCACCGCACCCCAUCGUCAUCGGCCUUGUCAACAACCGCUUCAUCCACCCGCGCGGUGACAACAACGUCAGUGACUUCAGUAGCUACAACCACCAUGACCACAACUACCACCUCGGGUUCUGGCAGCAACACCCCGACGCACCAUGAUCCCCUGACAAGGGAAGAAGCGCUCCUCCUUGAGGCAGUCAACGCCCAAUUCACCGCCCUCGAGAGGCGCCUGCGUGAGAACCGUGCCCGGCUGGAGGCUGCGGAACGGGGUGCAAUAACCAUCAAUUCUUUCUCUUGGGAACGGGAACGGGAACAAGAACAGGAACAAGAGGACUGGCGACGCGCAUUUGACGACAUGAAGGAGAAGGCCCUGAUCAGUACCACUCCGUACCAUCACCACCACCACGACGAUUACCAUUACAGCCGUCUCCCCUCGCAGCUGUUGCCACAGCGCUAG